CCGGUCGGGAACAGGUGGUGCACAAGUGGCUUGGCCAUGCUGCACUUCAAUACAUUGCAAACAUACAUGUGUUGCCUCUUCAAGAGCUACCAGGGAAUUCAAACAACUGCCUUGAAAACUUCAACAUGGAGGCAGCACAGAUGACUGAAACGAAGGGGGAAACAAUGGCUUCUCAAAAGGGGUUCCUUUUGUUGACCUGUGGUCAGCAGCUCUUGCACACCACUUGUGAACGUUGUUUUGCCUCAAGAGUUCUUUUUUGGGAUCUCAAAGCCUGUUGUUGCCAUGGCCAGAGCUCGUGCUCCCAGAUUUGAGCGCCUGCAAGGCAUCAAUGACGAUGGGGUUUGCCGGGCUAUUUCUUUGAUGUAUUUGGAGUAUGUUCUUGGUUGCAAUCCUCACCAUGGCGACCGGGAUGAGUUUGGCAGAGCCCCUGAUCCCAUGCCUGAGCAUGGUUGGAUUCCGGAGGCGGUGUUCCGCCCGUCCGAACGGUUGGCGAAUGAGCUGUAUGAUGAAUCUGAUUUUGCAAAAACGCUUUCCGAACGACGUGAACCGGCACCCUUUUUGUUGGACAGCAUGCCUAGCCUGGUGUUGUUUGAGAAGGUCAGUGACCUCGUCAAUGAUUAUGAUGAAGCAAUGCAGAAAGUACUGCCUUUCUUGGAACAAGGCUUAGGCUUUGUAUUCUCUUUCUAUUAUUACAGGCUUGACGAGGAUGGCGAGCCGAAAGGGGCUCAUGCCAUUGCUAUCGACGUGACAGGGCACCCAGCAGGUUCCCACGUGAUGGAUCCGAACAGAGGGGUAUGGCAGUUUAGAUCCAUUGAAGAUCUCAUUGUUUGGAUGAAAGAUGGCGAGCUGGUGAGCGAUAGACAUGGCCGACGAGUGAAGAAGUUGUACAAGGUUCGACUAGUUCAAGUGACCCGGCAUGAGUGAGGCCCAGUCGCUCUGCCAAGCAUCGCCUUAGCUGUGUGAGCCGUCCUUGUCCCCAACGAGCAUAGACUUGGAGGACAGAACUCAUCGAUGACUCGUCAUGUAGCGGACUGCCAGCCCACGAGUCUUGCGAAUGUCUCAAGGUGAUCAAUGUGAUCGUCACAAGGGGGCAGCGCGUAGAAAAGGAGCUCCACU